AACUUCAAGAGUUAGUAUAAAAUCAAGAAAAUAGUAGUAGAUACUAGGUAAUAGGUAUUAUCAAUUUCGAUUUACAAUAGUUUCUCUACAUCUUAGAUUAUUGAUGUUGAAACUAUAAAAAUCGGUGGGUAUUAGAUGAGAUGGCUUUAUUAUCAUUUAGUUAAAGAAUUGCUAUGAGUAAACAGUGAAGUUACAAGAAUUAUUGUAAACGGAAGUUUGUUGUUUUGCAGUAUUUUUAUUUGUAUUGCGUUGCAAAAUUGCGCUGACGUCUGAUCUUUGUGAUGGAUUUAUUCAACAAAGGAAUGAAAGGUCCAACAAGGCCAGCACCUGUGCCUCCAGGUAGUAUUGUCCAUAGAUAUUCUCCAGUUACAAAUUUGAAUGAUGAUCCAUUCGGCUCAGAAGUUUUUGAACCAUCACCUAUGUUCUCCCAGAAGAAAAAACCACCUCCUCGGCCACCUCCACCAAAAAUUAAUAAGCCACCAGAAGCACUAGCCAAACCAAUACACUUUAUGCGUAGACCUACUGUACUUACAUCAUUAUUAAAUCGCAAAAAUAAAAAUAUAGUAAAUCAAUGUACUGCAAAUCCAUCAUCUAUUUCAACAACAAACUUUACAGACUUCAGUGAAGUGGAUAAUAAUAAAAUGUUUUCUAGAUGUGAGCGUACAAAUACACAAACAGCUACACUUAUUGAUUUAUCAUCUCCCCCGAGUUCUCCAACUUUUACAACAAGAUCUAGCAGUGAUGGAAUCAGUGUUGAUAGCUUUGGAUCUGAUGCAACUACCUCUACAAGCAAUAGAAAUGCAAUAAGUGGUGGUAAUGCUUCUCAGGCAGAAAGCGGCUUUGAGGAUGAUUUUGAUCUCUUCCUUACAACGAGAAAACAAAUAAGCAAAGAAGACACACUGGAUGAUUUUUCAACAAUAGAUCCUUUUUCACCACAACCAGUAAAUAAACCACCAAUUAUGAAAAAACCACUUGUAAACAAAGAUUUAUUUGAAAUAUGUAAUCAGAUUACUGCUCCUUCCAAAGGACCAACAAUAAUCAGAGCAAAACCAACUCGACCAAAACCACCUGAUAACUCUGCUUUAUUAAAAAGCUCCUUUGGUAGCAGUUUCCAAAUGGCAACUAUGAAUAUUAAUACAACAACGCCAAUACAAAGGGUCAACAAUGGCUUCGAAGAUAAUGACGAGAAAUUGCUCUGGGACCGCGAUUCACCAGACCGAGAGAAAACUCCUCCAAUGCCGACAAUCCCGCCACCACCGCCUCCAGUCAUCGACGAUGACCUGCCCGUGGUCUGGCCUGAUGAUCUGCCCGACUCUGAUCAGAACAGCGAGCCGUAUGCAGUAGCAUUAUUCGAUUAUUUCACAGGUCACUCGGAGGACUUAUAUUUUUCGGCUGGAACGAAAAUAAUACUAGUCCGGCGCGUGAAUGAAGAAUGGCUGCAUGGUAAACUAGAAACAGGAGCUGACGGUCUCUUCCCAUCAAAUUACGUAGAAAUCAAAGUACCUUUAAAUGAUAGCAGUAUAAUGGGCACGGCUGUAGCGUUAUACGAUUUCGCACCAGUCGAAAAUGGUGAUUUACAGUUUAAUACAGGCGAUAAUAUAACAGUUCUGUCGAAAAUCAGUGAUGAAUGGUAUUUUGGUGAGUGCAACGGGAUUAAAGGCCAGUUCCCAGUCAACUAUGUGCAAAUUAGUUAGUGAUAUGACGAUAUAUACAAAUUGGUGCUGCAGCCUUAGACUUAAAAUAAUUUAAUUUAUAACACAGCCAAAAUCUAUGAAAGAUACAUAGAAAUCGUUACACAAUUUUUGUCUCUCGAUGAAUACUUACGCCUUUUAUUUUAAAAAUAUUGUGAACGAAAAAUUCAUAUAGCGUGAAUUGCCUCUCAGCCUGAUGGUACCGUGAUGAGCCUACUAUAAUUGUAUUGGAUGUGCUAGAUCCUUUGAUAUUUAUGUGAUUUUAAAAAGAAGACUGAUGUCUAUAUCUGGUUAAAAUGUGCAAUGAUUUGGAUUUCGAAUCUAUGAAUUGAUGUUUAUAGUAGUGCAAUUUUAGACCAUAUUCAAAGUAAAUGUUAAUGUAUUGAUCGGAAUGCAGUAACUAUUGUUAUCAAACUUGUUGCCAUAGUAAUUUAAGAACUUUUUAUCAAAUGACCUACUUUACUCGGCACGAACUAAACAUAUAAAAUGCACUCUUAUGAAUGAAUGUGAAUAUUAAUAAUGUAAUCUCAAGUUGAGAAAUAUUUUAACAUUUGUUGGUUUGAAAAAGAUAAAUUAUUAAAAUUUCGACCGUAAUCUACUUAUAUUUAUUUUACUAUAUUUGUUGAUUUUUAUAUUAGAAGAACACUUGUAACACACCCAUUUAUACAGUUAUUAUUAAUAUGACUUAUGUUUUUAACUUGUGCGGUGUAGUGUAUGAAACUAAUAUGUAAGCGUAACACAUUUAAAAUGAUGUCACAGUAUCUUACACACAGUACUUUUGUCAAAGUCUGGUUAUACUCAGAAUAUUAAAUUGUAAUAUGUCAAUAAUGUUAAUGGUAAUAAUAGCAUGGCUAUUUUGUCGUAAGAGUCAGUGAACAAUAUAUGUAUGUUUUUAAUUUUUAUAGCUAGUCUUUUAUGUAAAUAUUUUGUGUCAUAAUCAAUUAUUAGGUUAAUUUAAUUAACUUCUAUUAAUUCAUAAAAUUAAAUUAUUUUUAAUUUUUUAUGUCUUAUUUAAAUCGAGUUGCAAUAUAAUGCAUAAUUACUAAUAAUAGUUAUUGUCAUUUAUUUUGGUGGGACCAUAAAAUUAGUGCCUUAGUAUUUUCUCAUUGUGUAUAUUGUAAUAUAAUUAUGUAUAAAUUAAAAAAAUACCAAAUACAAAAUUAGUUAUUUGUCUGUUCUCUGUGAUCUGUUUUUAUUAGUUAGUGCCAAAUGUUAAAUAUCUGCUUAGAUUGCAUAAUUUAUUCUUUAUAUAGGGACAGAUUAAUAAAACGAAUAAGUCACAUUGUGAUAUUUAUUAUUUGAACAAAAAUA